CAAUCAACUACAAAUAUUAAACCUAAUUCCUUCCACUGGUUUAUAAUCCUCAUAUGUAUUUGUUGGUUUUCCAUUAAUUAUAGACUCACCAAAUACUUUCGUUCUUUCUAAAGUAAUAUUUCUACAAUAAAAAAGGAAAAUACCCUUGAAAUAGUGAACGAUCUCAUUUUCAGAUUACCUUGUCAAAGUAAUACCCGCAACAUUCAAAAAUUUUAAGGAAUGGGGAUUUUCGACAUAGUCCAAGAUGAGGUCCCUGUACGAAAUACGCAGCAAAGCUCAAUUAUAAUCGUACCCGAUCCAGGGUUUUGUGUAAAGCUAAAGUCUAAAAAUCAGGAAAAAGUGUUUGUGAACAUAUGUACCUCUGAUAAAGUCCCAGUUCCGAAGGAUCUAAGUGAAGAGGGAUUAAGAUCAAUCCUUAAUGAUAUUGACAACUCCCCACCCUUCAAAGUCCCAAUGUGCAUAGGAGAACCUCACGCUGAGACUGACUCAGCUCAGAAAGGCUGUACCGCUUAUGAUGUAAUAAUCAACCCACAAUUCUACCAAAAAGUCAAAUCAUCAGAGUUGUUUGAGGCAUUUUUGAUGACAGUGAUAUUCGAAGGCUUGGAAAAUAAGUAUGGCAUCGAACUUGAAAGAAGUUGGAUUGUUUUAAAGAAUAAGAAAUGUAUGGGUAAACCACAAGAACAAUGUAUUCGAACUUCUAGUCGUCCCGCGAUUAUUGAAAUGAAUGAUUCUCAACCACCCAAACUAAAAGUGAUAGAGUUACCUGAUCCACCUUUUAAAGGUGAUACUCCCAAGUAUGAAAUAUUAAAGGUUAAGGAUGAUGUUAGUGGAGAAGUGCGUUGCUUAAUUGCACGAAUAAUCAUGCCAAAGCUGAUUUCUAGUGAUGGAUUAGAUUUACAAGUUGGUAAUGAUCUCCUUCAAUUAAAUAGUCGUGGUCAGAUUUACUCACUGGAGUUACCACUCGAUACGCUUGUCAAUGAAGAAACAACUGUAGCUGAAUUUAAUCGAAAUACAAAAAUAUUAACAGUCACAAUGCCGGUGUCAACUGUUCAGGGAUGAUAAGAAUUUCACUAGAUCCUCAACAAUUUGUUGUGUAUUAUUUUUACUUUGGAUUAUAUCAGUGAAAUUUAAAUAUUAUAAUCUUAAAUUAUAAAACAAUACUCGAUCUUUUGUUUUAUUUUCUUGUCGUUGUCAAAAUACACUACAAUAAGAAAAA